UAACCUAUUGUUUGCUUUUUGUAGAUGAAGUACUUCAACAUUUCUCCUACCACUGAGGAAAAAAUAAACUUGAAAAUUGCUGCAUUCUUUGAAGAUAUCAAUGCCGACCAUGUUUCUUCACGGGGUUUGCCCGUUUUCAGAAUGAAGAUUCUAACAUUUCACCCCCACCACAUCCUCAGAAUAUGGAGCAGCCUCAACAACUUCAUCCUCAGAAUAAGGAGUAAUAACCCGUAUUGAGACGCGAUCCUUCCGGGAGCAGUGAUGGGUUGACGGUUGAAGUUGAAGUUUCUCAGUUGAGGAGUGACAUUUCAGAGGUACUGCAUCUUUGUAGGUUGAGGCGCUCAACACUUACAUCGUAUCUUCCUUUGGAAUCAUAUUCAAGCAUCUGAAAAUUAAGCAGCCGAGUGAUCAAGGCAAUGCUGAUGAGGACGGUACAUCUGAUCAAGGCAAUGAUGGGUUUGACAAUAAUGAUUAUGUUCCACCUCCUUCCCCCCUCUCCCCUCCCGAAAAAGCGCAUGAUCUAAAUAUGCAAGGUGACCAAAUAACGUCAAGUAUCAAGGGAAAUAAAGAGGGUAUUGAUGUUCCAAACCCGCCCCCCCUGGAGCAAGUGUAUGACCUAAACUUGCGAGCUGACCAAAAUGCAUCAUGUGUCAAGGAAAAUCAACAAAUUACUGAUGGUCUUCCUGUUGUAGCAAGUGAUGGUGUUGAGCCCCCCGAGCAAGUGCAUGAAGUAAACAUGCAACCUGACCAAACAAAAUCAAGCGUCAAUAAAAAUGAGGAAGUUAUUGAUGGUCAUCUUGUGGAAGCAGUUGAUGGUGUCAAGGACGAUCCCUGGUGUGGUAUUACUGAUGAAGACUUUGCCAAUAUAAAGAUGUCCCAGGUUGUGCUCCCUAGACCUUGGGAUAUUAGUGAUGAAGAGGUUGCUAAGAUAAAGAUGUCCCAGAUUGGGCUUCCUAGACCACUUGUCAUGGAAGUUGAAGAAAAAGAUGUGACUCCUGAAAAAUUGGCACAAAAGAAAUUUCCAGGAAAAUUAGCCCCAGAUCCAUAUGUGGGAGAUUUUGAUUCGGGUACAUCCAAGUGUAUUUUUGAUAUCAAGCAUCCUUUCAUGAGCGACAUUGAUGAAUUUUAUCCCUUGUCGGAUUUGGCCCAAGAGUUUGUGGAAUUCGUUGAGGAUGGGAUGAAUAUGACACGACGCCCCAAAACUCUAUAUCGUGAUGGAAAAAAUGAUCUCCCCAAAGAUUUUGUUUUUGACUCGUGUCAUAUAAACAAGAAGGAUCGGUUCGAGGCGCUUGCACAUAGCGGUCGACCUUUGAAAGACACGAUAUUACCAAUUUUUCUGUCUUAAAAUGUAUAAUUUUGUAUAUAUUUGUUUAAUUGUGUAUAGUGGGAGGAUAUGUCCUAAUGUACAUACACAGACAUGCUUUUGCAUAUGAUUGUACAAAAUCUGUAUAUGUGAGCAUAUACUGUUGUAUAUGUUUGUAUA